CGCCAGAGCAGCUAAGUGCGUCAGUUGUGGAGAGACGUAGCCGAGUUGAGUCCUGGUCUGCGGGGAGGCUGCCGGCUCCGUCGCAGACUACGGACCUCUCUGCGUCUCAGCUGCCAAAGAUCCUGUCCGGUAGGUGAGUGGCUCACUUUGAGGGAAAGGCUUCUCGGAUCGAGGCUUCUUCAUGGCCGCUCAGAUCGCGAGUGGUCAGGGCUGCUCUCUGUGCGGAGGACGGCGUCCAAUGAGCGCAGUUUAUUCGAGGAGGUACUAGCCGGACAUGAGUGGCUGUCGCGUAUUCAUCGGGAGGCUAAAUCCAGCGGCCCGGGAGAAAGACGUGGAAAGAUUCUUCAAGGGGUAUGGACGAAUACGAGAUAUUGAUCUGAAAAGAGGCUUUGGUUUUGUGGAAUUUGAGGAUCCCAGGGAUGCAGAUGAUGCCGUAUAUGAACUUGAUGGAAAAGAACUCUGCAGUGAAAGGGUUACAAUUGAACAUGCUCGGGCUCGAUCUCGAGGCGGAAGAGGUAGAGGACGCUACUCAGACCGUUUUAGUAGUCGCAGACCUCGAAAUGAUAGACGAAAUGCUCCACCUGUAAGAACAGAAAAUCGGCUUAUAGUUGAGAAUUUAUCUUCAAGAGUCAGCUGGCAGGAUCUCAAAGAUUUCAUGAGACAAGCUGGGGAAGUAACCUUUGCAGAUGCACAUCGACCUAAAUUAAAUGAAGGGGUAGUUGAGUUCGCCUCUUAUGGUGACUUAAAGAAUGCUAUUGAAAAACUUUCUGGAAAAGAAAUAAAUGGGAGAAAAAUCAAAUUAAUUGAAGGCAGCAAAAGGCACAGUAGGUCACGAAGCAGGUCUCGUUCCCGGAGCAGGAGUUCCUCGAGGUCUCGUAGCCGAUCUCGUUCCCGGAGUCGCAAGUCUUACAGCCGGUCCAGGAGCCGGAGCCGGAGCCGGAGCCGGAGCAAGUCCCGUUCUGUUAGUAGGUCUCCUGUGCCUGAGAAGAGCCAGAAACGUGGUUCUUCAAGUAGAUCUAAGUCUCCAGCAUCUGUGGAUCGCCAGAGGUCCAGGUCCAGGUCCCGGUCAAGGUCCAGAUCAGUUGACAGUGGCAAUUAAACUGUAAAUAACUUGCCCUGGGGGCCUUCUUUUUCUAAAAAAAAAAAAAAAAAAUUCCCAAACCAUACUUGCUAAAAAUUCUGGUAAGUAUGUGCUUUUCUGUGGGGGUGGGAUUUGGAGGGGGGUUGGGCUGGGUUGGGCUGGGUAUCUUUGUAGAUGUGGACCACCAGGGGUUGUUGAAAACUAAUUGUAUUAAAUGUUUUUGAUAAGCCUUCUGCUCGCAUUUUUGUGAAUGUCUGAAGUAUAUAGUUUGUGUAUAUUGACAGAGCUCUUUUAUAACUAAAGCAAAUUUAAUUUUUUUGUACUAGAAAAAAUUUGAACGUUUUAGUUCCUGGUUAUUCAAAUAUGUUAAUACAGAAUUAGUUUAAUGCCUCACUUAAACUAAUUAAUAGCCUUGGACACUUAAAAGAGCUCUAAAUUUGCUUGUACGUAAAGGCUUAAUUUGAGUUUUCCUUGUUAGGGUCAAGGGUGUCCGUCCACCCACCCUUUAACAGCUGCCUGGCAAAGACGUUAAAGCAGCUGUUUGUUAUUGAUAAUAAAAGAUUAUAAAACUG